GUAACAUAAAGGCCGUUGCUACUCUUCGGCUACCAGUCAUUUUAGGAAAUAGCUAGACAUCGAAAGAAUAUCGCUGAUAUGUCCCACAUCGGAAUAUUACUACUAUGGCAUCUGUGUUCGCUUACCGGACCAUUUGCUCAGCAAACAAACGAUCCGGAACUUCACCCGCAGAAUGGCUUCUAUAACAAUCUCUUUCAACCGGACUGGGGAGCGGCAGGAAGUCUUCUGCUGCGGCUCUCACCUCCGGACUACAGCGACCGCGUGUUCGAGUCGGCCGGAGGGACCCGACCCAACCCCCUGGACAUCAGCGAGAAAAUACAUAAAGGUGUCGACGGUCUCGGCUCUCUUAGGGGGCGAAAUGCGUUACUAGCCUUUUUUGGUCAGUUGGUCGUUGACGAGAUCGUAGACUCGCGAAGACCCGGGUGCCCGCCCGAAUACAUCGACCUCCCCAUACCCGAGGGACACCCGUACAGACGCACGGCCGACAACAUGAUGUUCCAGAGAACCGGAUACAGCGCUAGAACAGGAACAUCGCCAAAUGUUCCACGGCAACAGCAAAAUGGCGUUACCCCAUUCCUAGAUGCCGAAUUCCUUUACGGAAAUAGCCGAAUGUGGACGAACAUAAUGCGCGAGUUUAAAGGCGGGCGACUGAAGUCUGUCGUACAGCGGGCUGACGGUAAAGACAGUUUCCCUGUCGGUAAUGAGGACGGCCUACCGCUGUUAAACCCUCCCAUCCCCAGAGAUAACUCCAUGAAACCAGUCGGUCGAUUUCUUGAGAUUGGUAAUACACGUGGUCACGAAAACCCAUUUUUGCUGUCUCUACAAGUAAUAUGGUUUCGCUGGCAUAACAUAGUUGCUAGUAAUAUAUCUUUAGCGAACUCUGGCUGGUCAGAUAACAAGGUGUUCGACCAGGCGAAAAAACUAGUCACAGCUCAUUUCCAGAACAUUGUGAUGUACGAGUGGUUACCUGCCUAUCUUCAGAUUUCAGGAGGGAACUUCACACCUGGAAACAACCUUAUUCCAGCAUAUGAGAAGUACGAUUCGACUGUCCAGCCAGGAAUAUCACAGGAAUUCGCAACAGCUGCCAUGCGUUAUGGACACACAUUGGUUCCCUCGGGUGUCUGGCUUAUGAAUGAAACGUGUAGUAACCUCACGACAACAGGACGGGGUCCAGAUGGGAAGACUCGGCCGGUAACCGGUCUCAGAAUGUGCAACACGUACUGGGAUUCACAGGGUUUGGUUCGGGACAACUUUGAUCCGAUAGUCCGAGGUUUGGUGUACACGCUGUCUGAGCGAGAAGACGCCGACUACACUGCCGACAUAAGAGAAUAUCUUUAUGGACCACUACAUUUUUCACGUCGAGACCUCGCUGCUCUUGAUAUUCAACGUGGUCGAGAUCAUGGUUUGCCAGACUACAACACGGUUAGAGAGACUUUGGGACUGAAGCCCAUCACAGAUUGGAGGGAAAUCAAUAAUGACAGUAGUGCUCUUGGAGUUAAUCAGAAAAUCCGGGAUUUGCAAAUACUAUAUGGAAAUACUACGUCACCAGAUAAUCUUGACCUAAUUACCGGUGGAAUGCUAGAGUCAAAUGGAUUUGGUCCUGGUAAAACAUUUCAGCUAAUCAUAAAAGAACAAUUUCUGAGGAUUAGAAAUGGCGACAGACUGUGGUAUGAAAAUAACAUUGGAUCAAACAGAAGGUUCACAGCUCAAGAACUGGUUGAUGUUAAAUCGGUGAAUUUUCGUCAAAUUUUAGCUGCUACAACAAACAUACCCUUAUCCGAGCUUCCUCCAAAUGUAUUCAUUUGCGCUGGAGGAUUAGCUUGUUCUUGUCGACCACCUCUAGCAACAGAUGACACCAACAGCACCCAGCUUGACGUCUGCUCCCCGCUCAGCACGUUCGACUACUUCACAGACAGCAGACUGUCGUUCCCACUGUCCAUUGUGGCGCUGGGUCUCGUUAUACCAGGGUCCAUUCUGCUGCUUGUGCUGCUCAUAAAGCGGAGACAGAGAAUAAACCAGUCUAACAACCAAAGACAGUCCUUAAGAAGAAAAGAGGCUAAUCCAAAUAAAUUUGUUGUUAAGGAAUGGACCGGCCCGGAGUCCGGCACGAGAAACGUGGUGGUGGAGUUCAACUCUGCCAGGAAGAAGAUCUCGGUGUCGGACCUGCGCGGCAAGUCUCUGCGCUUCAUAGACCUGAGAAACGUAAACAAGGCCACCUUGAAGAUCUCCUACGACAAAGACCUUGACCUCGUCUGUUUCCGCAUUCCGGGGGAGGUCGAUCUUAUAUUGCGUUUCUCGAAUAUGCUAGCGAGACAGGAGCUGAUCGCUGCGACUGCGCGGUUCCUGGAAGAGCUCGGGAUUCAGGUGGAGAGGCAGGAGCAGCCUGAACAGGUGAUUCUAGAUCACUCCAAGAACAUGGACACCAGGCAGCAGCUGCUGGACCGGUUCUUCAGGGUCAUCUGCCUACAGGCUCUGAAGGAGGACCCGACAGCUCGGAACUACGAUCUGGACGAAGAGGAGGCGAACGAGAUCAUCAGCAUAAAACUGACGAGGACGGAACUUGCCGACGCCCUGGGUCUGCAGCCAUCAUCGGUGUUCGUGAGGAACAUCUUCCUCCUUACCGACAAGGACAGCGACGGGUUUAUCUCCUUCAGGGAGUUCCUCGACCUGUUUGUCACGUUUGCUGCUGGCAGUGCCGAUGAUAAAUCUAGACUCAUGUUCAACAUCUACGACAUCAGGAAGAGGGGAUACCUCACAAGAAGCGAUUUCUAUAAAAUGAUUAAGUCCAUGCUGGACAUUUCGGGGGCAAAUCUAGACGAUGCUCGCGUUAAUGAACUCAUUGACGUCAUGUUCCAAAGUGCCGGUGUUUCCGACCAGGACCGGAUGUCGUAUGAAGAUUUUAGAAAGGUGUUCGCUUCCUCUGAAUACAAGUCUACCUUGCAAGCCGCAUCGUUGGUUGAGGGACUGAAAGCUGCCCCAGGGCAGAGUGAGGUUCUGCGGAAUAGACGCAAAACAGUUUACAAAAGUUACAGGGGUAAAGGCAACAGGGAGGCGCCAGCCAACAGACGGUCCAAGAUUGAGGUCUCGGUGAAGCGAGCGAGCUACCCGGAGUCCGCGAUGUCACUUCGGUGGGAUGCCUUCAGUCGAUAUGUGGAGAUUUACCAACUACACAUCUUCUGGCUCACUCUCUACACUCUGGUGUGCAUCGGGAUAUUCGUGGAACGCGCUUACUACUACGCUGUUGGCCGCGAGCACGCCGGUCUGCGCCGAGUGUCUGGUGCGUGGACGACGGCGAUGAUCCGGGGAUCUGCCAGCGUCAUCAUGUUCACGUACGCCGGCCUGCUUGUCACCAUGUGUCGUAACAUCAUCACGAGACUCCGCGAGACUUUCAUGCAUCGCUUCAUUCCCUUUGAUUCCGCCGUUACAUUCCACAAAUAUAUCGCCUGGGUUGCCAUGGUAGCCACAAUUGUGCAUAUAUUUGGCCAUUUUGUGAACCUGUACUGCAUGUCGACACAAACUCCUCAGGCGCUGACGUGUCUUUUCAGGGAGUACUUCACACCUUCACACGUUUUGCGUACAUUCCACUACUGGGCGUGGCAAACUAUAACAGGUCUGGCUGGGAUAUACGUCACGGCGUUGAUCUUCAUCAUGUACGUGUUCGCUACGCAGUGGGCACGAAGACACGUGUUCACGUGGUUCUGGUUCACGCACAACUUCUACAUCUUCGUGUACAUCAUCACCUUCCUGCACGGCAUCGGCGCGCUCGUGCAGUCCCCGCUCUUCCAGUGGUUCAUGGUCGGGCCACUGGUUCUCUUCAUGCUCGACAAGCUGGCCAGUGCCAGUCGCAACAAACUCGAAAUACCAGUCAAGAAAGCAGAACUUUUACCUUCUGCUGUGAUUGGACUUACUUUCAAAAGACCCGAGAACUUCCAGUACUUAUCAGGGCAAUGGGUUCGAAUCGCGUGCCUGGAUCUGGGGAAGAGCGAGUACCACCCCUUCACUCUGACGUCUGCGCCUCACGAGAAAUAUCUUAGUCUUCACAUACGGGCAGUCGGACCCUGGACGAAAAACCUGCGCAGUAUUUAUGAGCCAAAUCAGCUUGGCGCGAAGCCAUAUCCAAAGUUGUAUGUAGACGGGCCGUUUGGUGAGGGUCACCAGGACUGGUUCACGUUCGAUGUCGCAGUACUUGUUGGGGGAGGAAUCGGCGUAACACCCUUUGCGUCCAUUCUAAAAGACAUCGCUUUUAAAUCUCGUACAGGCGCUCAUAUCUCGUGUCAAAAGGUGUACUUCCUGUGGGUGACGAGGACACAGAAGCACUACGAGUGGCUCAUCGACAUCAUCCGUGACGUGGAGAACACCGACGACCGCGACAUCGUGUCCGUGCACAUCUUCGUCACGCAGUUCCAGCAGAAAUACGAUCUCAGAACCACCAUGUUGUAUAUUUGCGAGCGGCACUUCCAGCGAGUUGAAGGUAGAAGUCUGUUCACUGGUCUAAAGGCCACGACACAUUUCGGUCGUCCAUAUUUCAACAGCUUUCUUCAGUCGCUGCAGUUUGAACACCCACAGGUUCAGAGAAUUGGUGUGUUCAGCUGCGGUCCGGGACCUAUGACUCGGUCUGUACAGGAUGCGUGCUCACAUUUGAAUGCCAGAGAUGGACCCACCUACAUUCACCACUUUGAGAACUUCUAAUGCACAGUGCCAUCAGAAGCCCGUGGAAACCGAUGGGUGCUGUGUGCCCUCCACAUACACCCCACACUCACCAACUCUCCACCCACGCACACCUCCCACACACACACACACCACCCCCACCAUACUACUUGUGGAAGAAAUGUAUGUUUUUGUCAUAUUCUCUGUAAAUAAAGGAAAAGAUCUGGCUUGUACCCCCUACACACACACACACACACACACACACACACACACACACACACACACUCACACUCACACUCACACUCACACACACACACACACACACACACACACUAAAAACAGUGACCCUCAACUACAGAUUUUGACCUCCCACCUACCCCUCUCCACUACAGAUGUAGUUCCUACGGACCUGCAGCAAAUCAGCAUUCUGAGCUAGAUGAUCCAUUUGACACAUCAACAAACAGUUUGUCUGGACUCUACAGCCUUGGAAAGGACUCACGUGCCGACAAUUCUCUCAUAAGCAGAUGACCUGCUUCUAUAGGAAACACCGCAGAGACUACAGUUACAAUCUUAAUCAAUUGGAUAAAUACUGCAAAGAUAACAUACUUGGCACUAAUGUAGAUAAAACGCAAAACCUUUUUAAAAAUUGCCAAAACACUGUAAAUAAUCAAUUGUACCAAUUGUAUCAAAAUAUAUAGGAGUAGGCUUCACUAAAAAUGGUAUUUUUUAAAGAAUGCUCUAAAUGUCUUUGGAAAAAAUUACUUUGCUGUUUUUAGAAACUACAAAAUGAGUUCUUAGACACCAAUAUACCGAUUGAUAUUCCAUGUCAUUUAAUUAUAUUAUUUAACCUGUCCAUGUAUAUGCCAGUGAAGUCUGGGGUGCCCAGUUCAUAGUAUUACAAUGUCUUGAAACUUUCUUGCCAGAGAGGCCCCUCUUACAAAUCUGCAAGUGAACACAACAGUUAAGCAAUCGUGCCCAUAAUUGGGCAUCUAGAGCUGAGAUUGGUCUAUACUCACUUUUAUUAUCUGUGCUGAAGAGAAUGUGGGUUUUUCUUUUUACUCACGCAAACUACUAACAAUGUAAUAUCACAAUAUUCUUUUUCUGAAUGCACGAACCUUGUAAAAAAAAUCACCACUGAUUGGCUACAUAAACUUUAUUACUAUAUUAAUAAUUUAAACGAAGAAAGAAGUAUUGUAAAAUAUUCAGUUCAUCUUGACUAAAGCUAAACAUUUAGAUCUUUAUAAGGGAAAUCUUGUUGCUUUAGCCAAAAGAGAUGGAUCUAGUAACAGAAUGAGAACAUAAAUUAUAUAAACGUAAUAUACAGCUAGAACAAUACUUGUUAUAUUGUAUACAUCCAGAACAUUGCAAACAAUUUACUAAACUAUGGUAUCAACAACCACAAACUGAAAGUUGAGACUGGACGAUACACAAAACUCUUUACUCCAGUAGAAGAACGAUCAUGUAGUCCGUGCAGUCUGAUUGAAAAUGAAUAUCAUCACAUAAUAUGUGUGACAUAUAAUACUCCAAUUAACUUUACACAAUAAGACAUUUAAAAUGAUGUCUUUGAAUGAAACAUUUAUAUUUAUUAUGAAAAAUCAGGAUCCUGCUUAUGCAGGUGCAGUGUGUAAACCUGUUUAUGAUUAUACAUGUAUUAACCAAUAAUUAGCUACUAUUACCAUUAGUUUAGUAUCAUGUUUGUCUGUGCCAUUCUUGUACAAAUAUAUGUUGUAAAUAACAUACAUGUUUUACCUUCAGUUCCAUAUGUCGAAUGUUUGUAUGCAAUAAAGUUUAUAUGUA